AUGAAGUCGUUUUCUGUAGCCACAGCCGUUGGAUAUCUUGGCACCCUCUGCGCCGCGACUCCCAUCCAGCAGCGGGAAGCCUGCCCGACAGACUGGAAAACUCAACAAUGGGAUGCCAUUGUCGUCGGUGCUGGCACGGCCGGCAUCGUCGUUGCGGACCGACUCAGUGAAGCCGGCAAAAAGACGCUGCUGCUCGAGCUUGGCGGCCCCUCGUAUGGCAUCACUGGAGGAACUGAGAGGCCUGAUUGGCUGAGCGGCACAAACCUCAGCAGAGUCGACGUGCCUGGACUUUACAAGAGCAUUUUCUCUGGUGGCUCGGAAUUACUGUGUCCAUCUGACGUCGUAAAUGGCUUCCAAGCCUGCGCCGUUGGCGGCAACAGUGCGAUUAAUGCUGGGUUAUACUUUCAGCCUCCAGACUCGGAUUGGGAUUUAUAUCAUCCUGAUGGUUGGCAUGCUGCUGAUGUCAAGGAGGCAACCGCGCGGCUUUUGGCCAUGCAGUCUUCGGUGACGACGUAUUCCCAGGACGGUGAAUUUUACUGGCAGACGGGCUAUGAUGCCGCCGAGAAGUGGCUUGUCGAGUCGGCUGGUUUUGCUAACGUCUCCUUCAACGAUGAUCCCAACAACAAGGAGCGUGUCUUUGGUCGGCCAGUAUACGAUUACAAGAAUGGUCAACGCGGCGGCCCCGCGACAACUUACCUCCAGACUGCUCUUGCGAGAGACAACUUUCACCUCCAGACUGGAGCUCGUGUCAAGUAUAUCAACAGGACCGGGGGCGUUGCUUCGGGAGUCACUGUCGAGGUUGAUGGAUCGGUCAUUGAAGUAUCGCUUGCUGCCAGCGGACGGGUUGUUCUAAGCGCCGGUGCUCUAGUUUCUCCAGCACUUCUGAUGUACUCUGGUAUCGGCCCAAGCGAUACGCUGGCCAAGCUCGAAAACAGCUCCUAUACGCCCUACAACUCAUCGAACUGGAUUGUCAACUCAGCUGUAGGCGAUGGUCUAUUUGACAAUCCCAACACAUUCAUUGAGUUGUCGAGCCCUUAUGUCGAGGCAUACUACCACAGCUAUGAUGACCCAGAUGCGGCCGACCGCGAUCUGUACCUCUCGUCCCGAAGCGGCCCAUACUCUUUUGCCUCUCAGACUUCAGCCUUUUGGGGUUACAUCUACAAUGAAGACGGAAGCCAAGCUGGCGUACAAGGCACGAUUGACUCUUUCGGACACGGCGCAUUCACCGAUAACCACACCAUUACUUUGAACAUUUACGGAACCUCUGGCAUGUUGUCGUCUGGCCGUGUCAUCCUCUCUGAUGAUGGGAAAUUUGUACCUGGACCCGACAACAACAUCUACUACUCGCACCCGCGGGAUGCUGAGGCCAUUGCGGAUUUUAUCCACAAUAUCUUCCAAGCCCUGCCAGCAUCCACUCCAGACGCGCCCGCAGCAGAGGGGCUGACGCCGCUGAACCUUGCGCAAAACUCCACCAUUGAGGAGAUCCAGACGUACAUCACCACCCCGUCGGAUUACGCGGUGGGGGCUGUCCAACAUUGGUCCAGCUCCUGCCGUCUGGGCUCCUGUGUCGAUGCCGACACCAAGGUCAUGGGCACUGACAAUAUUCAUGUCAUUGAUGCGUCGAUUGUGUCGCCGCUGACGGUGAACCCGCAGUUUGGUGUCAUGGUGGCGGCCGAGAAGGGUGCCGAGAGGAUCUUGGCGUUGGACUCGUGA